AUGCAAGUGACAAAGCUUAUUGUUGAAACUGAUUGUAAACCUGUCUUGGAGCAUUUGAAUGCUAAUUUGGAGGAUCGUCAUCCUCUCCUUAUUUUGCGAAACAAAUGCAUAUCCUACUGGAAGAGCUCCUGGGAUUGCGAAAUCAUCCAAGUAUUCAGGGAGGUUAACUCGGCUGCUGACGCUUUGGCCAAUAUGGGGCACGGGAUGGAAUUGGGUACUCACUUCUUUGAUAUGCCUCCUGAUGGUAUUAAAGGUGUCCUCCAGGAUGACAGAGCAGGUCGCGCAAGGCUUAGAUUGAUUUCAGUCUAG